AUGUUCCCCAGAGUGGACCAUGUGAAUCGAUGGCUCCCCCAUGACCCGGGACGGAUAGUUUCGGCGCGCCCAUUACGCCGCGGCGGGAGAAGAGGUGACGAGCCCCUCUUCAAAUGGACGCGCAACCGGUACGUGGCCGGCGAAGCAGACUUCAUGGCACGGCAUCGAGUCGAGUUUAACGUAGAUGCCCUCGGACGCGCCGCUUCCCGAGUUUCGGAUAACUCGCCCUUUCAGAGCAUCACCAAAAUAUCAGAGGAUCACUACCACAAGUGCUACGAGCUCCUGAUGGGAAAUGGAAAACAACUGAUCGCCAAGAUACCGCUGCCGCAUGUCAGCAUCCCGCACCUGACUUGCGCGAACCAAGUAGCCACAGUGGACUUCGCUCGAUCUACUUUGAAGUUGCCUGCUCCAAAAGUGCUGGACUGGAACUCUCGCCUGGGCUCUGAGAACCCCGUCGGCGCCGAAUAUAUCCUCAUGCAGAAGCUUCCUGGCGUCCCCUUUGACACCGUCAAUGACAGCGAGGAGUUCGGCAGACACCACGUGCUUGCGCUUGCAAAACAGAUUUUCGAGCUUGAGAAGUCUCUUCUGGGAAUGACUUUCCGUAACAUCGGCUCAAUAUACUACAAAGGCGAUGUCACCUCCCCCAAAGAUUUUGUCUAUUCCACACCAGAAGGAGAGGAAAUCAAUGAUUCAAGGUGUACAUUGGAAUGCGACCGUGGCCCUUGGACCAGCGCUGUCGAGUACCUCAAGGCUAUCGUCAAGCGAGAGCUGCAAGCAGUGGAUACCGCGCCGCAGCUUCCGCUGUCUUUCGAAUCGAUCCUCGGCUCGCGCACCUACAGGCCUACGGCUGCGAAGAAGCACCUCGCCGGCAAAAUGUGUCUGCAGCUGAUUGAGCAUAUCAUUCCAACUCCUCCUUCCCCGAUCUCGCAGUACCGUCUGUGGCACAACCUUCUUUCCGACGACAGGAUUCUGGUCGACGUCAACGACCCUGGCAAAAUCACCGGCAUCACCGGAUGGCACAAUGCGCCGAUCGCUCCUCUCUUCAAGCAGAAAAUAUGGCCUGGAUUUUGGGGCUGGGAUCGCAAAGCUGGUGCCGAAUAUGGAUACGAGGAAAGCUCGAUCAUGAGAGGCGAAGACGACGAGCCCUUUUGCGAGAAGGACAUAUGGCACGAGCUGGCCAGAGAGAUAUUGCACCUGCACCAAAAACCUGAUAUCCUUCAUGCAGACAGAUAUGGGUCCACCACCGCUGGUGCCUACAUGGAAGAGGCGGAGAAUCUUUUCGAGAAGGACGAAGUGAUCAUGGCGUACGAAGUUAUCGGCUUGCAGAAGCUGUGGAAGAGAGGAUUCCGGCACGUGCAGAAGAAGAGCAGGGGUGCUCCCUUUCCGGUUAAGCUUACACACAGACACGUUAGAAGGCUGCGCAGAGACAAGGAAAUAUGGGGGCAUGGAUAUGCCCUUGAAAAUCGCGUGAAGUGGCGUGUGGGCUCGCUGUGGCCCAUGGACGGCGCAAUCGACCAUGAAAGUUACGGAGAGACGAAGGACAAGCUGGCCGAGUGCAAGAAGCACUUUGUGGACAGCGGCGAGAUCUAUGAGAAAGAUUGGCCAUAUGACAGCUAA